UAGUUUGAGUAUAAACUCAUCUAUGAACAAAAUAGACAACACAAAUUACUUGGGGUGUCCUUACGGAAGAUGUAUCGCUAUGCAGUGGUAUACUCAUAUUGAUGUUUUGCUUUAGAUUGUAUUUAUAAAGUCAAAUCCAAUUGGAAGACCAUCAGCAGACUAUCCGGGGGAUUGGGAAGUAAUGCAACUAAUACAGAAGGAACUUGGUUAUAAAGCGAUAUUUAAAUAGAGAACAGAUAUUCAGAGAUAAUCAGAGGCAUAGAUAACAUGUAACUGAAGUUGAGUAAUAUUGAGAAAUAUUUCACUAAGAAAAGGUAAGUGAAUAAAACAGAACAAAGUAAAGUACUUACCCUUUUAUCCACAUGAUGUCGCUAGACACCACAUUUUUUCUCUUCCAACGUCAAAAGGAUACAGAGAAUACGUUUUACUUAGGAAAAGGACCUUCCAUUUUAGACUCGGCUACAGAAGCUCACAAGAAAGCGAGGAAAUCAAGUCUAUAGUAAAUUGGAAUUAAGUUUUCAACGGACUUUCUGUGGUGCUGCAAUAGAGACUGGAGAAGUGGAAGAAGAUUGCGAUGCUAUAUUCCCAGCGAGGAAGUCCGGGAUCCCGGCGCCUGCUGAUCUCCUUUGUGCUCCUCACAGCCUGGGAGGCAGGGAGCGGCCAGCUCCACUACUCCGUCCCCGAGGAGGCCAAACACGGCACCUUCGUGGGCCGCAUCGCUCAGGACCUGGGGCUGGAGCUGGCGGAGCUGGUGCCCCGCCUGUUCAGGGUGGCGUCCAAGGACCGCGGGGACCUUCUGGAGGUAAAUCUGCAGAAUGGCAUUUUGUUUGUGAAUUCUCGGAUCGACCGGGAGGCGCUGUGCGGGCGGAGCGCGGAGUGUAGCAUCCAUUUGGAGGUGAUCGUGGACCGGCCGCUGCAGGUUUUUCACGUGGAGGUGGAGGUGAGGGACAUUAACGACAACCCGCCUAGAUUCUCCCGACCAGAACAAAGAUUGCUUAUUUUAGAGUCAAGAAUGCCAGACUCGCGAUUUCCAGUAGAGGGCGCAUCUGAUAUGGAUAUAGGAGCCAACGCAGCCUUGAGCUAUAAGUUAAAUCCUAAUGAGUAUUUUGAGUUGGAUGUUAAAAGAAAGGAAGAAGAGACAAACGUUUUACAGCUUGUUUUGAAGAAGCCCCUAGAUAGAGAAGAAACUCAAGAGCAUCGUUUGUUACUGAUGGCAAUGGAUGGAGGGAAACCUGAACUAACAGGUACAGCUCAGUUACUGAUUGACGUAUUGGAUGCAAAUGAUAACGCUCCGGAGUUUGAUGAAUCUACUUAUAAUGUUAGAUUGUUGGAAAAUACACCCAACGAGACAUUAGUAAUUAAACUCAACGCUUCAGACGCAGAUGAGGGAAUUAAUAAAGAAAUACUGUAUUUCUUCAGUAAUCUUGUUCUUGAUGAUGUGAAAUCUAAAUUUACAAUAGAUUCUACCAGCGGAGAAAUAAAAGUUAAGGGGGGGCUAGAUUAUGAAGACCGUAAAUUAUAUGAAAUUAAUAUUGACGCCGUGGACAGAAGUACAUUCCCACUAGCCGGACACUGUAAAGUUAUAGUGAAACUCGUGGAUGUAAAUGAUAACGUGCCCGAGAUGGCCAUAACUUCGCUUUUUUUGCCUAUCAAAGAGGACGCUCCACUGGGCACUGUCAUCGCCCUGAUCAGUGUGUCUGAUCGAGACUCAGGCGCUAAUGGGCAGGUGACCUUCCUGACCCCUCACGUCCCCUUCAAGCUGGUGUCCGCCUUCAAGAAUUACUAUUCACUUGUGCUGGACAGCGCCCUGGACCGAGAGACCAUUGCUAACUACCACGUGGUUGUAACCGCCCGGGACGGCGGCUCACCCUCGCUGUGGACCACAGCCAGCGUGUCCGUGGAGGUGGCUGACGUCAACGACAACGCACCCGCGUUCGCGCAGCCCGAAUACACGGUGUUCGUGAAGGAGAACAACCCGCCUGGCGCGCACAUCUUCACGGUGUCAGCCAUGGACGCUGACGCGCAGGAGAACGCGCUGGUGUCCUACUCGCUGGUGGAGAGGAGGGUGGGCGAGCGCUUGCUGUCCAGCUAUGUGUCUGUGCACGCGGAGAGCGGCAAGGUGUUCGCGCUGCAGCCUCUGGACCAUGAGGAGCUGGAGCUGCUGCAGUUCCAGGUGAGCGCGCGGGAUGCUGGUGUGCCUUCCCUGGGCAGCAAUGUGACCCUGCAGGUGUUUGUGUUGGAUGAGAAUGACAAUGCGCCCGCGCUGCUGGGGCCUCAGGGUGGCGGAGGGACUAUUGAAUUGUUAUCCCGGUCAGUGAGUUCAGGCCACGUGGUUGCGAAGGUGCGUGCAGUGGACGCUGACUCUGGCUACAAUGCGUGGUUGUCCUACGAGUUGCAGCCGGCCGCCGGUGCUGCGCGCAGCCCGUUCCGCGUGGGGUUAUACACUGGUGAGAUCAGUACAACACGUGUUCUGGAUGAAGCAGACACGCCGCGUCAGCGCUUGUUGGUGCUGGUGAAGGAUCACGGGGAGCCAGCACUGACAGCCACGGCCACCUUCCUGGUGUCUCUAGUGGAGAACAGCCAGACACCGAAGGUCUCCUCUAGGGUGUUGGUUGGAACCUCUGGCUCAGACUCCACACUGAUGGAUGUCAACGUGUACCUGAUCAUCGCCAUCUGCGCGGUGUCCAGCCUGUUGGUGCUCACGCUGCUGCUGUACACCGCGCUGCGCUGCUCGGCGACGCCCACGGAGGGCACCUGCGGGCCGGGGAAGCCCGUGCUGGUGUGCUCCAGCGAGGUGGGGACCUGGUCAUACUCUCAGCAGAGGCGGCAGAGGGUGUGCUCUGGAGAGGGUCCGCCCAAGACCGACCUCAUGGCCUUCAGUCCCAGCCUACCUCAGGGCCCCAGCUCUACAGAGAAUGUGAGUUUUGUAAUCUUACUGUAAUUUUUCUCUUAACUCUUUAACGUUGAAUAUUUGAAAGCUUUUCUCAGUGAUGAUUUUAGCUUUAAGAAUCAAAUGUUACACAUACAAUUAGCCUAGCAAAUUUACAGUCGACUUUUAGCUGUAUCAUUUCCAAUUCUUAAAAUACAGUCAGUGU